GGAACCGGAAAUACAGAUACUGCUCUGUCAAUAAACUGAGAGCAGUAGCCUCUUUAUGCUAACGGUGUUCGAAGGCUGUGUGGGAGGAAUUCAACUUCUAUUUGACCUCUUGUUUUGAUGGCUGUAUAAGUUUAUAGAGUUAGUGGAGCCUCAUCGAGAGCUAAUGUGAAAUACUUGAAAUACAGAACGUCAAAGCUAACGUUAGCUCACCGUUAGCUUGGAUAUUGCUGCGGUUUUGUAGACGCCUAGCUGCAGAGAGGAAUCUGAAGCUGACGUCCAGUACAGUAACAGAGGGAUCAUGGCUGACCCUGCCCGAAUUAAAACUGAAAUCCCACCUGAGAGAACAUCUUCCUCCAACGACGACCACCCUGACAUCAAACCAGAGGAAACUGAGAGUGGAUCAUCCACAGCAAAACCUUCAAAUGAAAACAAAGAGUCCUCAUCGCAAGAUGAACCCAAACAGGAGCUAAAAUCUGAAGCAACAGCUGGGGAGGACGAAGAUGAAGGAACCUCUGGUAAUCCUUCCAAAAAGCUGAAGGUGGAACCAGAGAAGAAAAAAGAGAAGCGCCAAAAGGUUGAUGAGGAUGAAAUACAAAAGAUGCAAGUUUUGGUGUCAUCGUUUUCUGAAGAGCAGCUGAAUCGUUACGAGAUGUACAGACGUUCUGCCUUCCCUAAGGCUGCUAUCAAGAGGCUGAUCCAGUCAAUAACAGGAUCAUCAGUGUCCCAGAAUGUGGUGAUUGCCAUGUCUGGUAUUUCCAAGGUUUUCGCCGGAGAAAUAGUUGAAGAAGCAUUGGAUGUUUGCGAGAAGUGGGGAGACACACCACCGCUUCAGCCCAAGCAUAUGAGGGAAGCAGUGAGGAGGCUGAAAAGCAGAGAUCAGAUCCCAAACUCUAAGCACAAAAACAUUCUCUUCAAUUGAGGAAACUGUCACCAGGAAGAGUUUGAGGAUCGUGGAUAACGGCGAUGUCAUAACGUGAUAUGGAACCACUGUAGUUAACUGGACCCUGGUUACUUCCCAUGUACUUACCGGUCACAAUUAGUGACUGUGGUAUUAGAAACAGAUGGGAAGGUCAAUGCUCUCAUCUGCUGUUUACCUGUUUGUGUGAACGAAAAAGCUGAGUGGGUCACUCAGUUCUUGUGUUGUCAAAUGACUCAUUCAUUAAGGUUGUAAAUAAAGUAUGUUUUCUAAUUGA